CCACCUUGGAGGUAUGACCUAACUUGUGUAAGCAUUGCUGGCUGGUGAUUACGAGUGCAGUGUGGUAUUUUGAUCACGAGAAAGUGUAUAAUCCAGGCAAAAUACUGCGCGUGCUAGGUAAUUUGACGAGAUUAUUCUAUUUAACAAAUUUACAACAAGGCGAUAGUUAGCUUCUAUCGCGUGUGUGUAUCCUGCUGUCUUUUGGUACCGAGGGCAUCCAGGCUCAAAGGGAAAGAUGAUAAGCACAACUGUAACGAGGAAACUCCUGGGGUCCAUGUGUGGCUUUCAGACCCCUAGGUUGACUUAUGCUCAAAGUGCUGCCACUGCCAUUCUUCGAGACAAAGAAAUAAUCAAAAGUAGAGAACUGGAAAAGGAAGAGUUACGGCCACUGUACAUGGACUUCCAGGCAACUACACCCAUGGACCCAAGAGUACUGGAUGCAAUGCUCCCUUACCAAGUGAACUACUAUGGCAACCCUCAUUCCAGAACUCAUGCCUAUGGCUGGGAGAGUGAGAGUGGCAUGGAAAAAGCUAGAAAGCAAGUUGCAGAUCUUAUUGCUGCUGAUCCUAGAGAGAUCAUUUUUACAAGUGGUGCCACUGAGUCCAACAAUAUGGCAAUCAAAGGAGUUGCCCGAUUUUACAAAGCCAAGAAGAAGCACAUCAUCACCACACAGACUGAGCAUAAAUGUGUACUAGACUCCUGCCGUGUUCUGGAGACUGAGGGUUUUGAUGUCACCUACCUACCCGUGAAAACCACGGGACUCAUCGACCUCCAGAUGUUAGAAGAAGCUAUUAGGCCAGACACAGGCCUAGUGUCUAUUAUGACAAUCAACAAUGAGAUUGGAGUCAAGCAGCCCAUGAAGGAAAUAGGUCAGCUGUGUCGUUCCAAGAAUGUCUUCCUCCAUACGGAUGCUGCUCAGGCCUUCGGCAAGAUCCCCAUUGACGUCGCUGACUGGAAGGUGGAUCUGAUGUCAAUUAGUGGACAUAAAAUAUAUGGCCCUAAAGGUGUUGGGGCUCUGUAUGUGCGGAGGAGGCCGAGGGUGCGAAUGGAGCCUUUGCAGAAUGGUGGUGGUCAGGAGAGGGGUCUUCGCUCGGGCACGGUACCCACACCGCUGGCAGUGGGACUGGGAGCAGCCUGUGAGAUUGCCCAACUGGAUAUGGAGUAUGAUCACAAACGGGUGACCAUGCUAGCCAAUCGCCUGAUUCAAAAGAUCAUGUCAGAUCUCCCAGAUGUCUUCCUGAAUGGUGACCCAGACCAAGGGUACGCAGGAUGUGUCAAUCUCUCAUUCGCAUACGUGGAGGGAGAGAGCUUGCUAAUGGCUCUAAAGGACGUAGCACUUUCAUCUGGAAGUGCCUGCACCUCUGCCUCCCUGGAACCCUCCUACGUUCUAAGGGCAAUCGGAGCCGAUGAGGACUUGGCCCACUCUUCGAUCAGGUUUGGAAUUGGCCGUUUCACCACAGAGGAUGAAGUGGACUACACAGCAGAGAAGUGUAUUCACCAGGUCAAACGGCUAAGGGAAAUGAGCCCUUUAUGGGAGAUGGUGCAGGAGGGCAUUGAUCUGAAGAGCAUCAAGUGGACGCAGCAUUAAGCCAGCCGCAUAGGAGAGCAAGCUGAGGAUGGAGCCUUGUGAAUACUUAUUUGUAUAGUUGUGGCCUGACUGGGACUCCUUUCUCAAAGAAACACGCACAAAUACGUUACUUAUUUUGGGAAAAUGAGUUUGUUUAUACUGGCAGACCUUAGUCUGUUUCUUUGCAUUUAUAUAAAUUUGGUCAAAGCGAAUUGUCUGACUGUGUGUGAAUGGACAGUUUUCUGAAAUGGCUUGGGUAUGUGGUAAGUGGUUUUGGUUUUAGCACGGACUACAUUCCAAAGACAAUUGGUUAAUUCACUUAAGGUUUGUGUUACUUCGUAUGCAACCAGAUUGAACGUUUUCACAAGUCAUCUAGACAUUGUAUACACACAUGAGCACUCACUGUUGACAAGCAUCAUGACAAUAACACUUUCCAUAACAUAACACAUUCUCAGAGAUACACUGUGGUUUGAUGAAAGUAAUUACUUGACAUUGGCUUUUUGUUCAGUUCCAUUGGAUUCCCAACCAGGGAGACAAUCCACAGUUAGCAUACUGCCAGUAUCUCAACUCAUCUUCUCUCUGUAGUUUAUCUUAAAUGAAUUAUUUAUAUAUAUAUAUUUUUUGUCGUGUGUGUGUAUAUAUAUAUAUAUAAUCAUUACCCAUUUUCAAGUUUUGACAGCUUAGUUUAAGAACAGUUAUACAAAGAGAUACACAGUUAAAGCUUAUUUACUUCUCAGUGUCAAGUAGGAUAGAACUUGUAUACACACAUGUAUACAUUUGAAAACAGGUACUUAAACAAUUCACUGAAACCAAAAGCUCAGAUACAAACCGCUAUGCUUAGAUAACAUUUUCUUUUACAUUUUAGAUCACCAUUUUCAAAUCAUAUUGUGUUAAACUGUAUUAAAGGCAACCACCAUACACUUGUAAGCAUUUAGCCUACCAUGUAAACACGUCUCUCAAUUCUCCAGUAAAACUACAGUACGUCAAUAAA